AUGAUUUUAUUGAUAUAAAUAAUCUCUUUUACUUUAUUUUAUUUUACAAGUUCUUAUUUGAAUCUUUCUAAAACAUCUUAAAGGAAGGAUCAAUCGAGUAUAUUAUUAUUGGACAAGGACAUCUUUAUUCAUCUCACAAGGCGAAUGCAAAAAUUGUAGAGCAUACAUUUUGAAAGUGUUUUUAUUUCGAAAGACUUUUACAAUGAAAAUACUUUUUCAUUGGUUAUUGUGAAUAGAAAGAAGCAUUAGAAAAAAUCAUGGAAAAGCAAUCUGUUGAGGAAAAAACAUCUGCAAAUAAUCUAACGAGUUCGAAAUUAUACGAAAAUGAAAGAUCGAUCGAAAUGUCAAAUGAUUCUCAACUUGUAGAGCAAUCGUCGAUAACGGCAAUGCAAACAUCAUUAAUUUUAAUGAAAUUAGAAAUGAUUAAGCCAAGUAUGGAAAAUGCGCCAUCAACGAAUUCGGAAAAAGCUUUUCCCUGUAUCGAAGAAAAUACGAGGAUGGAAUUGCCGUCAAUGAAAUUUACAAUUAGUUGCGAUACUAUAACAACGCAAGCUGCAACCCCUUACUCUUCAUCCAUGUCAACAAGUACACUUGUACCAUCAAGAGAUAUUUUACAAAUAUCUGCAGCUCCCUUAUCCUCUAUAGGAUCUAUUCCUAAAAGCGAAAUUUUAACAUUCACUACAGAUUAUAACAAUCGUUCACCCGAUGCUUGUAGUGUACUUGUAGAUGUAGUUGACCAACACGAUCCAUCAUCGACUUUUAAUCGAGAUGUACAGCUAUCGAUCGAGGAGUCGUUUGAUUUACCACAACGAAGUAUAUCAUCUGUAAGAAAUGAUUUUGCAAAUCGAACAAGACAAUCUCGCCAAACGUGGAGAUUUGGAAAAUGUUUGUGUUGUACUGCACCGAUAGAUGAUGAGGUUUCAAUGUUUUAUUUCUUUCAGGAUUUAAUCAAUUGUAUCAUAGGUGCUUCUACAUAUUUUUAAUCAAUUCGCCUAACAGAUUGAUACGUUACCACAUUCAAGAGAUGCUCCACCUACAUAUUCAUCGAUAUACGUUAGCCCUACAACGAUAUUACAUCAAAGAUCACCAGUUACGCGAUCUAAUUUGCGAAAUAAUGGAAGAUUUAUUAUUUCAAAUACUAAUCAAUCAUCUUUCAUAGCACCUAUUCCUCCACCAAGUUAUGCUCAAGCUCAGGGUAUUCAACUUAACUCAUAUUCAACCGAACAAAAUCUCUCGGUUUCAUGUAAAUAUCUUAUUAAUUUGUUGAAAUCUUAUUCUUGUGUAAUAAAUAAGAAUAUUUUGUUUAAAUCGUGCUCUAUGAUGUUUUUAUAAAUUCAUUAUUUUUUCAUUUAUUUUUUAGCAAAUGUUAAUUCUUGGUCAGCAAGACCUGUAGCUACUAUUUGUACACGAUGUUUAGCCCUUAUCGUUACUACAACAGAAGUUCGUCGAUCGACUAUUACACAUUUAAGUGCAUUUCUUCUUUGCC